AACAUGACCUUGAUUACCAGGUAAGGACAAGUCAGACAUCACCUGCUGCUCGAAAGGGCAGAAGAGGGAGGCCCGGGAGCUACAUCCUGACUGUAUGCCAAUCUUCAUCCCUGAUGAUGAUGAGUUCUUCGGCCAGUUCACUCAGCGGUGUAUGGAGUUCGUAAGAUCAAUGCCAGCUGUUCGUCCCAAGUGUAACUUUGGUCCCCGGGAGCAGAUGAACCAAAUCACAUCUUUUAUCGAUGCCAGCAAUGUGUAUGGCUCCAGCGUGGAAGAGUCCAAGGAGCUACGAAGCUUCACUGGUGGACUGUUAAAGGCGACAACGGCAGGCAAGACACUUCUCCCACCCAACCCAACAGAAUGUAAAGACACAUCUGGUACACAUUUCUGCUUCAAAGCGGGUGACAGCCGAGUGAACGAGCAGCCAGAGCUGGCCGCCAUGCACACCAUCUGGAUGCGUCAACACAACAGACUGGCCAAAGAGCUGCAGCAGCUCAACCCAGGAUGGAGCGACGAGAUCUUAUUCCAGGAGGCUCGCAGAAUCCUUGCCGCUCAGAUGCAGCACAUCACCUACAAUGAGUACCUCCCUAUUGUCCUUGGUCGAAAGUUCAUGGAAACCUUUGGUCUGGUACCCAGAAAACAUGGUUAUGCUCCAGGCUACCGCGAGGACGUCGACCCCACCAUCAUCAAUGCCUUCGCUGCUGCCGCCUUCAGAUACGGUCAUACUCUCAUCUCCGGCAACAUGGAAGCGUACAACAAGUUUGGUUUGGUGGAGAAGAACCUGCGGUUGAGUGAGAACCAGUUCUCUCCCUUCUUUUUGUACCAGCCUGGUGGGCUGGACUCCCUUCUGCGAGGCCUCUCCAUCCAGCCCAGCCAGAAGUUUGACCGCUUCUUCAGCCAAGAGCUGACCAACCACUUGUUCGCUGGUAAGAAUCGUUUUGGUAUGGAUCUGGUAGCACUGAACAUCCAGCGUGGCCGUGACCAUGGUCUGCCUGGCUACAAUAAGUGGAGGAAGAUAUGUAAUCUUCCUCUAGCCAAGAGUUUUGAUGAUCUCAGGGAUGUCAUCGACGAGGAGAUAAUCGACCAACUGCGGGUGUUGUAUAAGGAUGUUGACGACAUCGAUAUAUUCAUUGGUGGUAUCGCAGAGCGACCCACUGCAGGCUCCCUCCUGGGUCACACCUUCCUCUGUAUAGUUGGAGACCAGUUUGCUCGCCUCAGGGUGGGCGACAGAUUCUACUACGAGAAUGGUGGGUUAGAAUCCUCGUUCACAGAGGCCCAGCUAGAACAGAUCAAACGCACCAGCUUGGCCAGGAUAAUAUGUGACAAUUCUGACAACUUGGAGAUGAUGCAACCAUUAGCCUUCGUUCAAGCUGAGCUGGUCAACAAGCGCGCCCUCUGUAAGUCUGGAAACUUAAUCCCCAAGAUGUCGCUGCAGCCCUGGAAAAAUGAGCCUGUCUGGACGUAGUGUUGGUCAUAAACCUUAGAGAAAUGCACUUGUUUGGACAAAAUGUUAGUUAUGAACUGUAGAAAAAAAUAAACUUGUCUGGACAUAUUGAGGGGCCAGGAACCUGUCUGGGCAAACACCAUUUAUCAAUUGAUUUUGUUAAUUUUAGUAUAAGUAUUUGAUAACAUCAAAAAUUUCAGUUAUUAUCGAUUUACGAGAGACAAAUGAUCCCAUGACAAACACCUUUGAUAGUAACUGUUAGUAGUUGUUCACAUAAGUAAUAAUCAAAGUAGUGGGUUCCACCUUCAAAUUCCAACCGAAAAUAGUCAACCAUCUUUAAUUGUAUACAACUUGCAUUUGACUGUUGGUCAAACAGAAACAGUUUAUGGAAGUGCUUGAAGGCUUAAACAUGUGUGAAUUGAGACAGAAAUUCAUGAAAAAAAUUACAUUUCGUCAUAUAUCUGGAAUCUAAAGUUUAUGACGGUUGAAACCGUUCAUGAUCUGGCUAACUUAGUCUUUUCAUACAUAAAUUAUGCCAGGUUCUUGUAACCGGAGAAUUUCUCUUGAGGAUCAGAGACCAUUUGAGAGAUACCUCGAGAAUGAUUAAUUUGUUUCACUAGAAAGAGAAGCGGCCAUCAAACGUACAACGACUUGUAGUAUCAUGAGGAACACUCAAAGACACUCGUAUAACACAGAUGUUGAUAAAUAAAAAUAUUGAUUUCCUACUGCUUUUACUGAGGCUAAGACAGGAAUUUUAGUCAAAGAUUUAAAAAUGAUAUUAAGUGAAAUUUUGCUUAAGUGUAUAUUUGUCCAGUGUGACAAUAUCAAAAGCCCAUCAGUGUGAGGUGAUAACUGUAAAAAUGCGGUAAGUUCCCUGGAACAGAAAUUCCCAUAAUGCAAAAGAUGCGAGUGCUGUACGAGGCAUGUACGAGGCUUCAGCAACACUGAACAAAUAUACGACGAAACCAGUUAUUAUGUUUACAGUUUACAUACGGUAAAGCAUAUAAGGUAGAGCAUAUAUGGUGCAACAUAUAUGGUAGAGCAUAUAUGGUGCAACAUAUAUGGUAGAGCAUAUAUGGUGCAAC